UGCUCGGUGUCGCACGUGUAAGUUCCAUACGAAUUCAGAUAGAAGUCGGCACGCUAAAAACAACUAUCUGGACAUAUUGUGGUUUUUAUAUAUUGAAUUUGCACAAACAUCAAUAACGAUGCUGCCACAAUUUGAGAUAAUUGUUGGCACCUACGACGAAUAUCUAUUGGGCUAUCAAAUGGCCUGGCGUCGCGACAAAAAAGGAUCGGAUUAUAUCCAACUGAAGGCGACCUUUGCCGACAGAUCACACGACGGCUCGGUGAAGUGUCUGGCCGUGCACGGACACCUGGUGGCCACCGGCGGGCUAGAUGAUCGCAUCUUUGUAUAUGAUAUGCGCACACGGAAACAGGCGCACGUCCUCACGAUGCACACGAGCACGGUUAAUACGCUGGUCUUCACAUCGGAUGCGUCGCACUUGAUGUCGGGCAGCAAGGAUGGGCAUUUGAUAGCCACACGCUUGGCCAACUGGUCGCCUGAAGCUGAAUGGACCAAGCCCCAUAAUGGCAAACCCGUUACACAUGUCGCCUGUCAUCCGAGCAGCCGUCUAUGCCUAUCUCUGGGCGCCGAUCUGGUGCUGAAUACCUGGAACUUGAUCAAGGGACGCAUCGCGUACAGAACAAACCUAAAAAGCAAACGUUCCCUGGGCAGCUCACCCGAUUGUCUGGCCUGGUCGGCACAAGGCAAUUACUUUUCCAUGGCCGGCCCGGCUACCUUCGAGAUUUGGAACAUUCGAACGGCUAGUGUCAUGCGUCAAAUCAAGAUGCCCUCGAAGCCCAUCUGCGCCACCUGGCUGGAUGAUGAAAACUGCGUGGCGGGUCUUGAAAAUGGCACCAUCGCUUGGAUCUCGCUGGAUUUCGAUGAAACGGCUGCCCCGAAGAUAUUGCCCGGCCACAGCAAUCGCGUCAAGGCCAUAUCCUUCAUGCACAACACGGUGGUUAGCAUCUCCAGCGUCGGCGAGAUCAAGGUCUGGAGUUGCGAUCUGCCUGGCAAGGAGCUGUCGCUCAUCACAUCCGCCAACAUAGACUGUCGUCCCACCUGUAUGUCGCUGCUGGAUUCAACGCAGUUUGGCCAGCAGCACGAGGACACUCGCGACCGCAUCGAUAAGCAGAAGACAGCCAGGAUGGCCGCUCGCAUCGAGGCAUUGGAGUCGCUGAGGAAUCGCAGUUUCGUCUCAAUUGAAUACGAUGAGGAUGUUGGAGAAACCGAUCCGGUGCUCGGCCGCGAUGCGGACAGCGAACAUGAGAGUGACAGCAACAAAAGUCAAUCUGAGUGCGACAGCGAUGAAAGUCUGGAAGAGCCCGACACAAAUCAGACUAAGCGCAAGCCCAAGCCCAGGCCGAAGCCAAAGCAAAAGCAAACGCAAACAACAGCACCACGUGGACCGCUGAUAGCUAAACGUCCGCUAAAGCGUGUGCCCGCCCCGGAUAGCGAGGAUAGCGAGCCCGCCGAAGACUUCAUUAGUCUGAUGCCAAGCGAAAACUCUGCGCCCCGCCUGGCCGGCAGGAAGGCGGCCAAAUUGACGCAGCCGAAGCGUGCGAAACAGGCAAAUUGAGAAACUACAUAUGUAUAUCUAUUUAAUCAGCUAGUUUAGUUUAGUCUGUAUUAUUAGCACGGCCAAUAAACGUCAGCAAUGGA